AUGGCUCCACCUAUAGAUGACAGGCUUACCGUCACAGACAGGCUUACCGUCACAGACAGGACUACCGUCACAGACAGGCUUACCGUCACAGACAGGACUACCGUCACAGACAGGCUUACCGUCACAGACAGGCUUACCGUCACAGACAGGCUUACCCUCACAGACAGGCUUACCGUCACAGACAGGCUUACCGUCACAGACAGGACUACCGUAACAGACAGGCUUACCGUCACAGACAGGCUUACCGUCACAGACAGGCUUACCGUCACAGACAGGCUUACCGUCACAGACAGGCUUACCGUCACAGACAGGCUUACCGUCACAGACAGGACUACCGUCACAGACAGGCUUACCGUCACAGGCAGGACUACCGUCACAGACAGGCUUAGCGUCACAGACAGGCUUACCGUCACAGACAGGCUUACCCUCACAGACAGGCUUACCGUCACAGACAGGCUUACCGUCACAGAACAGGACUACCGUCACAGACAGGCUUACCGUCACAGACAGGCUUACCGUCACAGACAGGCUUACCGUCACAGACAGGCUUACCGUCACAGACGGGCUUACCGUCACAGACAGGACUACCGUCACAGACAGGCUUACCGUCACAGUACCGUCACAGACAGGCUUACCGUCACAGACAGGACUACCGUCACAGACAGGACUACCGUCACAGACAGGCUUACCUUCAGAGAUAGGCUUAAUGCAACAUCGUAUCACAUGCAACAAAUACUGUUCAGAUCUGUGUAAACGUCCAAUCGUUUGUAUAACGAAUAUAUUUAGUAACGUAGCAACAGGAUGGACCAACAUGGCCGACAACGGAAAUAUAUUAUACCUUCAUAACAAAAUACAUACUCUGUCAUUGACUGUAUUUCUGUAUUGCGUCUGAGGAAACUAUGCGUCAUUGGGUCUCCCACGACUUAAACGAGGACACUUUUGUUGUUUCCACCGUCUGGUGUUAAUGGAGAACAUAUAUCAUUUGCUCUUUCAGUUACUUGUAAUGCUGAUCCAAUGUAUACUAUUAUCGAU